AUGGGGAGUAUCUUUCGGAACGCCUACUUCACAAUCGCCACGGCUUCGAUCGACUCUUGCAACGAAAGCUUCCUUUCACAAAAAGUCAAUACCCUCGAAGUCCCCUUUGCCUCUCGUAUCGACCAAAAGGUCAAGGGAACAUAUCGACUUAUCGGAGGCCACCAUGGAGACGGAAAUGACAACUGUAUAAUAAACAGUGGGGAUACUGAGAACAUUUCGGGCUCAUGGACGAGCCGUGGCUGGGUCUUUCAGGAGAUUGCGAUGUCUUCUCGGCUAUUUAUAGUUGGAAGGACCAAAGUGACCCUCGAAUAUGAAGGGUCAAGAUAUGCCUUUAGCGCGGUUGACAGUACAGUGGACCAUUCACAUUGGAGGGAUUUGGUGGAAUCAUACAGCAGCAGGGAGCUCACCUUUGAGAAAGACAGACUUCCCGCCAUAUCAGGCCUGGCUAGGUUCUACGCAGAACACCUCAAAGAUCACUAUCUUGCUGGUAUCUGGAAAAGUGACCUUUAUAUCAGCCUCUUCUGGUACGCACCCCCUGAACCUUAUUCGGAAAGGCAAAGUCUUCAUUCAUUGAUCAAGACAAUUACGUCUCAUCGCUCAUAUAUUGCGCCGUCCUGGAGCUGGGCAUCCGAAAAGGAACCUAUCGAAUUUGGGACUUGGGGUUUUCAUCCGCAGGUCCUUGAGUACCAGGCAAGAGUGGAGUGUAGCGUCAUCGAGGCCCAAUGUGUCAUUGGUCAACUAGAUCCAUUUGGGAUUGUGCAGGGCGGUCAUAUCACACUUUCUGCAAAGGUACUAAGGCUACAGAGAAAGGAGCUAAUCUUCAGACCUACUCCUCAUUGGCAAAAAGGACACUAUGAUUGGUACCUUAAUGGUAACACCCCAAUUAUGCAGACUUUUCUUGAUGGUAACCCAGGAAAGGGCGAUCCUCAGAACAAUCACUUGGUUUUCCUCCUUUUAGGAAGCUGUAACGACUAUGGUCUAAAAGCUCGCCAUAUAGUAGGUGACGACAACGAUGAAACUGGAAAUUAUGAAUUUCUGGAAGGGGAGAGGUGUGCCUAUGGACUCGUUCUUUACCCAGCUCAAGGUGCCAAUACAUUCUAUCGUGUUGGCUUAUUCAGUUCACAGGUCCAAAAUCACAAACCCCAUGGGGGCUUGAAGCUUUGUGAAACGUGGGAGGUAGAAACAGUCACUAUUAUUUAA